GGUAUCUAGUUGUUGAACAGACUCAAAGCUUUCUAACAGGGAUUAUUGCUUAGAUAUUACAAAAAGAAGUCAGCAGUGAGUGGACAGCUCACAGAACAUCUGCAGUCAAAGAUUUAUUCUACAAAUCAUAUCAAAUAGGUUCUGUUGUUACCCCAGCAUCUAAAUAAUCUGCAAAAUGCAAGCCGUUCGUCAGUGCUCAGUGUGUGCCAGACAUGCUGCUGGAGGACUCAUCAGAAACCAAACCGAUGUUUCACUGCUGCAGACCAGCAGGAGUGUGUUGAGGAGAGGAGCUGCAUGCGUCCGCUUCCUCAGCAGCUCUGAGGGCAGGAAGCCUGGAGUCCAGACGUUGGGCGGAUUGACUUCACACAUGAGCAUCGCGUCUUUAAAUGCUGACAGUGGGCUUUGUGAUGUUCCUUUUGCACAGCAAGUGGAAAACCUCUCACACAACUCUCUGAUCAGAAGAGCUGCCUCAGUGGUUACAGACAGUUCAAGUACGUUCCUCUCCCAGGCCACCUUGGCUCUGAUCAAUGCCCUGACAGACUAUUCAAAGGCUGUGCAUUCACGCAUUAUUUUCCAAAGACGAUAUUUAGUCUCGCUGGGAAAACUGAAUCCAGCAGAGCAGGACUCACUCCAGCAGGUGAUCAGCGGCUGGAGAGCUGAGGCUAUUGAGAGACUAGAAGAAUGCAAACGUUACGAGUCCACCUGGAACAACGCUGUCAGCCUGUGUGAAAUGGCAGCGGAGGCAGCAUACACUUCUGGAGCCCAGCAGGCAUCCAUCUCGGUGAGGACGAACAUUCAAGUGGCCCAGUUGCAGGUGGACAAGGCCCGGAAACUUUCCUCGGAUGCAGAUAAGAAACUGGCCGAGACGAAAGUAGAAGAGAUCCAGAGGAUGGCUGAAUAUACGGCAUUCCUGGAGAGCAGCGACGAGCACGAGGUGCAGGAGGCUUAUCUACGGGAGGACUAAGACAAGGAGAGAUGUUGGAAAAGUGCAUGUUCAUCUUCAACAACUUUGAUCUUUCUGCAAUGUUUGAUGGCUGUAUGAUAUUCAUAUAUUUACGUUUACAACUAGUAAAUUUACUUUAAAAAGAAAAUUUACCAAAUAGCAAUUUGUAAUUAUUUACUAUUGCAUUGGUCAUUAUUUAAGACUAUUUAUUUGAUUAGUCAAUGUCAGCAAAAUUAUGGAAUUUCCAGUGUGUGACAGUGUAACGUCACCACCGUGGAUCACAGUGUAUGUUUUGUUGUAACAAAGACAUUAUUUUUUAUUAAACUAUUCUGUGUAUCAAUAGUUUUCAGUGUUAAUAUCAAAAAAAUUAAUAAAUCUAUUUGUCUUAAUAUACA